AUGAUGCGUCGCGCUUCAGAGAACCUCAGCGACCCUGAUCGCAACCUGGCAGAGUCAACAGGCCCUUCCGAAAUCCCCGAGGACAUCCCCGAAGACCUCGACCUGAUCAACGAAGAAGCAAUCGACCAUCGCAUCCAUACUCCUCCUCCGCGCAUAGCUGCACGCUUCUACCGCCCUACGACCAACCGUCGCAAGUCCUCCGCCGCCUCGUCCCGGCGCAAUUCGAUCUCCUCUGCACACUCACACCAGUCACAGCUCUCUAGUCGUCAUGGAGGCUCGCAGAGCAACUAUAUUGCGCAGCACUUGCGCCGUGCAUCGAUCAUUGAAGACAGAAAGGCUAGAUUGGCGGACCGAGCUGCACACGCGGAGAAAGUACGUUUGAGGGCUGCUGUUGCGAAGGCCGCGCCAAGAAGUACCACGAACAGCGAGGAGAGAGCGUUGGCUGCCCAGCAUGCAAGGGAAAAGAACCUUGCGGAGAUUGUGGCCGCCUGUGCUGAGGAGGUUAAGAGAGCGAAGGGGAUUGCGGAGACUAUGAAGGAGAAGAGAGAAGCGGAGGGCAAGAAAUUGAGGAGGGAAAUGGAGGAGAGACUCGCGGAGGCUGAGAGGAGGAGAGAGGAAAUCCUUAGCAGAGGGCACUCCUCGAAGAGAGGACGAUCUCUGAGUCAGCCACGGAAAAGCACAUCACCAUUGCCCUCUGUUCGUGAGAGUAUCAGCGAGGAGACAGCCGCAUUGAGGAUCCAGCAGAAGUGGAGGGUACAUCGAAGGGCCAGAGCUCUGAAGGACUUUGCGGCUCUCGGUCUCACAAUCGAUAGCGUACGCGAGACAACCUUCGAAAAUGUGGUCGAUUUAUUGGCUCAGGAGAAGGUCCUUGUCGGCACGGCCCAGAUCCUUAGAAUAUGUGGAUUGAAGGAGGGAGAGACAGGCUCAGUCAACGAAAUGACUGCAGUCCGUACUUUCCUCAGUGCUUUCCUCAUCCUCGGCCAUCCAACCCAGGUUCUCAGUGGAAAGGUUGACAUUCAGGAGCAGGAGCAGGUGGGAGUGUUACCAAUGCGGAGAGAUGAUCUGGCUAAUCCACAGUUGCAGGACCUCGUAGCAAAGGCUCGAGAUUUGCUCAUUUCUUUCGAGAAUGUGCUGUCGCGCCUGAACUCUGCAAAUAGCUAUACGCCUCCGCAGACACAGCUUUCUACUCUGUCAGAAGUAUAUGCUACUUUCUUCAAUGCUUUCAUUGCUUGGAAAGCUAGAGAUUCAACGACUCUCAUAGAUAUGAUGGUCCUGCAGUUUGUGGAAUUGGAUUCCAUCUGGCAGUCUGUCAAGGACAGUACUGAAGAAGCCGUGACGGACUCUUACCGAGAUGGCAUUCGAGAGAAUCAACUCAAGCUCAUGGUGAGAAUCAAGAGACUUGCUGGUGCACAGCAAGGCAAGAAGUUGAUUACGAAUGCUAUCCGAGAAGCGCGGAAAGUCAAGGCUGUGAAGAAGCCAAUUGGAGACUCCCGGCCUCGUGCUGCCGAGUCUGUUGAGCCCGAACAACCUCCUUUGGCUGAUCUGGCAGCUUCAGAGAAGGCGGUUGAUUCCCAGUUGCAGACCUUGACACCUCCGCCUACUCCUCAGAGAUACCAGAAAUCGUACGCUGAUGAGCUUCGCAUCGCCAGGCCAAUACUGCCUCCGAACAGGAUCGUUACUCACGAAAUUGCCAUCAAUCGUGAGUAUCGUAUCGACGAGGACGCUCUUGAAGAGAGAACCACCAUCAUGCAAGCAGUUUUUGAUAAAAUGCGCCAAGAGAUUGCCUCGGGAAACAGUGACAUCUGGGUUCUUGCUAUGGCAGAGAAUAUCAGAACGAGACUUCAGCAACUUCUUAAAGAGGGCAAUUCCACGCAUCAAAUGAUUGGCGAAGCACUCGACAAUGAAGUUGUGGCUCGCGAGCUGCAGGCUGGAUCCUUCUCUUAUGAGAAAUUCUUUUCUUUCAUGGCCUCGCUUCUUCCCAAACUCUGUGCUCCAUUCCGUGACGCGGAGAUCAAGGAGGUUGUCGAAAACAAGAUGCAGAAUGGAGACGUUGUAGAGCGCCUACAAGCAUUAAUGCACGGUAUCGAUCUUAUGCAGCUUGAUUAUGCCAACUUCAUGCUGCAACAGGCUGCUCCAGCUCUAAUCAAGAAUGCAACAGAAUACGAAACUUCUAUCUUCGGCCAGAUCUUAGAGGAAACAGCCAGCAACCUGCCAGUAACUGAGACUGCUUGGAGAGAAGCCAGGACCAAAGUUGUUGCUGAACAUGCCAAAAGAGAUCCGGAAAUGGUCAACUUGACAAGGGCCCGACCCACUCCUGAGAAGAUGUAUACACAGAUGCUUGUGGACGUUUUCACGUCACUCGACUAUUCAUUACCUAUUCCAGAGACUCUUGAACUGGACUUGAAGCGCAUAACUCGCAUUCGAGCUGACGUGCUGCGCAUUGUUACUUCCGGUGCAAUUCUCCUGCAAUGCAAGAAUAUGCUCAAGAGAGACGUCCGCAGCCAGUGGAAAACAGAAGCAACACGCAUCUUCUCCGUCCUCGAGAACGCCAAGACACCCGAGCAAGCCAGCCAAGGCAUCCAAGCAGCUCUCGAGUCCUCACGGAGCAUGCCCGUUGCAACAAAGAACCACAUCAAAGACCUCGUCCUCCGUAUCGUCACAACAUCCGCAUCCUCCGUCUCAGGGGCCAUCGAGCUCCGCGACCCCGUCACUAGACUCCUUAUGACAAGACUCAGAGGCCACAUCCUGAGCAGGCUUGCCGCCAACACGGAGAAGGAGAAAGUCAAGAGCGCGAGUACCGCGAGUGAGAGGCUUGCUAGUCUGGGAUUGCCGGAGUUUGUGCAUAGGGUUGGAGCGAUUGUCGAGGAGAUGGCAAGGGUUGGAGCGCUCGACAGAGAGAGUCAUGGGAUUUGGUACGAGGAGAUUGCCAAGAGGGUGGAGGAGAGUGAGGCUGGCGCUGUGACAGCGUGA